GACCUGACGGGACGGCGGGGAACGAGGCGCGGCAGAGGGUGGGGGCGGGGGGCUCCGGGUCCCGGGCUGGAGAUAGAGGAAGGGGACCGGACACGGGAUCGAAGGAACCCGCGGAGCAGCAUACCCGGAGAAUUAAUACUUCAAGGAAAACCUGAUGCAACCUCUCCAGGUUGUCCGGAGCAGACUGAUUUCCCAGCUUUGUUGUGGACUGAAGACUUCAGGGUCCCCCCAAAGCAAGAUUUGCCUAGCAAUGGCUCGUCCAAGCUCAUCUAUGGCAGAUUUUCGGAAGUGUUUUGCAAAUGCUAAGCACAUAGCCAUCAUUUCGGGGGCUGGCGUUAGUGCCGAAAGUGGGGUUCCAACUUUCAGAGGAGAUGGAGGUUAUUGGAGAAAAUGGCAAGCUCAGGACCUGGCAACUCCACAGGCUUUUGCCCGCAACCCGUCACGGGUUUGGGAGUUCUACCACUACCGGCGGGAAGUCUUGCACAGCAAGGAGCCCAACCCUGCCCACCUCGCCAUCGCCGAGUGCGAGGCCCGGCUGCGCACUCAGGGCCGACGUGUCGUGGUCAUCACCCAGAACAUUGAUGAGCUGCACAGAAAGGCUGGCACCAAGAACCUUCUGGAAAUCCAUGGUGAGGGGAUCCAGGCUUUGAAUGCAUGUUCUUUCACUGUGACCAUGGAAGACACCUGUCCUUUCCCCAGGAUGCUGUGCAUCUUGCUCUGUGCCCUGUGGUGCCUUUGGCUAGUAAUGCCACUAGCAUUACUCACUUGUCAGUUCCUGCAUUCUGCCUGCCAGUGUGGACUGACAGCCAGCGCCAGCAUCCCCUGGGUGUGUGUUAGACAGGAGAAGGGAUCUCAGCCCCACCUGGAGCUUGGUUUCUCCAAGCCCCUGGGGCACGGUGUCUGGUCUGCACCGUGUCUUGUGUGAGGCCCUGUCUGCACAGCCCUGUGCCCUCCUUAGCCUUUAGUGGAAGGGGCUGUGCUGUGACACACCUGUCCUGUCAGCCAACAGGAAACAGGGCCUGGGCCAUGGGUCAGCUGGAUCCUGUGUGGGAGGUCUUCAACAUCCUGGGGGGCGGUCAUUUACUUUCUCUCUGUCUCCUAUGGUAAUGCUCUACCCUGGAGCCCGAGGGAGCAUCAACUCAAUGUCCUUUGCUAUAACAUCCUUGGAGUUUGUCCUGGUCCCUGUGGCUUCCCUUCUCCAUUGUGGAUGACAGCUACCCUUGCCCUCUGUCCUCUCAUUCCUGUUCCCUCUUUGUUGUCCUGGAAACCUAAGGCAUUUAUUCACAGAGUAUAAUAGGUGGAGGAGGAUUUUCUCCCUGGGACUUUUGCACUUAAGACCACAAAACCGCAAACCCAUUUCCACACAGAAGCCAAGAAACAGCACAGCUGGGGCAUGUUUCUGUGGAUGUGUAGCCAAGCACCUGCCUUUGACCAGGCUUAGGGGUCACCUGAUGAGAAAAACUGGGCACUGCUUACUUGGGUCCCCUCUCUUUUGUGCCUCAGGAACAGUCUGAUACCUUAUUAAUCCUCAUUUCUCUGAGGUGUCAGCCUUAUUGCUUGUCAUGUGUAACACGGAGAUUUGACCGCCUAUCUUAGUUCAUUGAAAGAUUUGGCUAAGGUCAUAUGUGUGUAUUGGUCUGUUUUGGUUGCA